UUCCUGUUUCCGGCGGAAGUGUGCACGUCAGAGAAAGGAAAGCUUCUCGCAUUCGAGCAACGUCUCCGUUGGAAAAGAAAUAAACUACUCGGAUGUUUCGGGCAAGCUGUGUCGUGUGUCGCGGGAAAGGUGCUCUAUGGCGACAUCGUGACUCUGACCUCGCGGUGCAUGCAACUGCAUUUCCAGCGCGGCGCGAAGUUCCCAUAUCUAGGCGUGUAAUAACGGAGAUCUCAUCUGACAGAUCGCGUUCGCGACACUGGCUGAUUCUGCUCCCUUUUGCAAUCGGGCUGUCUCGCUCGUUGCCAACUUCCGACCGUUCCAGGUCUCUUCCUGUUCACGGUCCAUUUUUACGGAACAACGACAGCCAACCGUGUGUCACGUUCGCCCACGAGGACGCAGGUAACAAGAAUCGUCACACUUUUGCCGCGCGUCUAUCGCCCAGGAUCGUGCGAUGGAAACGGGAACAAUAAAAGAAUAAACGCAUGAAAGAUACACGAAACAAGUAAUUUUCGGGUGUUAUAGUGUGUUUUUGAUUAUAAAAGAGGACUUCUAGGCGGAAAAAUGUUAGUAAAAUCGAAGCUACUCAGCUCCUACUUCCGCAGUAGUUUGUGGUAUUCAUGCGCAGACAAGGGUAUUGUACGCGUUAUGGUCAGACACGUUUCUCACUGUUCGUCGUCACGCCUCAAACGAGUCUUUAAUCGGUUGAUGUUUACGAAUGCAUUAAUAUUGUCAUUGGUACUACAAACAAUUCUAAAGACUUCGUUCUCAUUUGCGAACACGAUCAGGGUGACGCAUACUUUAUACAUCGUUAGAUCGUUUGGAAUACGUUAUUUGUAAAAUCUCGCGAGGUCUAUUGCCAUGAAAUAUUGAAACAAUAUUUUCUCUAAAAAUAUGGAAAGCGUCCUCCGUUUACCGGAAACAAUGCGUCCGCAGCUCCGCCUAUCAGAUUUACCCGUGCUAUAAAACGUACCACGCGAAUAGGUACCAGGUCAAAUAACCAAUGAGUAUCGCGCAACGAUGGCGAAACUACGCGUGCCCGCUGUUUUGAUAUUCUUUGCGCUAUUCGGUGUCGGUUUAGUGGAACCUCUGAUGCACGACAGUAUAUCCAAGUUUCUGGGAUCGUUCACUCCUGCCAAACAAGUGAGGAUUCCCGAACUGCUAAAUCAACUGUGCAACCAAUCGCAGGGAUCGAACGCGAUACUUCAGGACGCAUGCUACGGAUGCUUCUUCAAGGCUACCAAUCAACCACUCGGAUACCCUUUGCUCGUGGCUAUGUCCAACUGUGCCAACAUUUAUCUCAACGACACCGAUUACCGCCAUUGUCAACAGUACUUGAGGAAUGCCACCACUUCGAUAGACACGAGAAUCAAUCCCACGACGGUGUACUGCACGUUCCUAGAGUGCAUUCGUCAAGUGAACAAAGACAACUUGCUCAGGGAAUGUGUCGGCGAGGCCAUACGAAUGUUUCCCCGUUUCAACAACACGGACGUCCAACUAGCCCAAUUAUUCGUGAAUACCACCGCCUGCGUGCUCGCGAAAACACGCUGCGCGCUUAUGAAUCCGAUAACCGGGGAAUUUCAAGAAGACGACCUCGCUAAUAAGCUCCACAUACCCUCGAUCAAUGCCGUACUGGUCAACACGGAUUACAACAUCAACAUCGUCCAGCUACCGUUUCAUUACGGUUCCGUCGACGUUUGCGCGAAAUACAGAAAUUUCGAGCAAGCGACCUGGCCGAGCGUCACCUGCUGACCAGAAAUUUCGUAGCGAAGUCCAAAAUUUCAACCGACCGCGAGCUAACGACUAUAGAACAAUGUUUCCGUUUGCUUUGAGAAAUUAACAUCGUCGGAAUGACCCAUUCGUGGCACGCAACUCCAUUCGAACGAUGUAAUCGCAAUACGAAGUAACGAGUAUUGUUUUGGUAGAUUUCCCAACGGAAACAUUAUUAAUACCGAUGAAAUAUUGUAGAAAAUAACAUUAGCCAUCGAAGGUAAAAUUAAUUUUAACAUUAUGGAGUUGUUGUUACCUAUACCUUCAUGAAUAAAAGUGA